AUGCGAAGUAAUUGCAAGCAAAUCGCCCGAAGACAAGCCGCAAGUUGUCGAGUUAUAUCUGAAACUAAAAGGCACCUAAAAUACAAACGUUCAUUUCACGCUUGUAACUCUGGCUUCUCUUCUUCUUCAUCUUCUUCUUUGAAUUCUUCUUCCCUUUUUUUCUUCUCUUUCUUCGCUACUUUCUUUUUCUUCUUCUUCGCCUUUUUCUUCGCUACCGCUUUUACUUCCCCUCAUUCUUCUUCUUCGCCUCCUUUUUUUCUUUCUUCGGCUUCUUCUUCUUUUUCGCCUUGUUUUCCUUCUUCUUCGCUGCUGCCCCUCCUCCUUCCUUCUUCUUCUUCUUCUUCUUCUCAUCCUUCACUGCCUUUUUCUUCGCUGCCGAUAGUUCUUCUCAUUUUGUUUUUUUCUCUUCCUUUUCUUUCUUUGCUUUCUUCCGCUUUUUCUUUGCAUUCUUUUUUCACCUUAUUAUGCCCCUCCUCCUUUUUCUUCUUCUUCUCCUUCGCUUCCUUCUGUUUCUUCGUCUUCUUCUCUUUCUUCGACCUAUUAUUCUUCUUUUUCUUCUUCUUCUUCUUCUUCGCCUUCUUCGCCUUCUUCUUCUUCUCUACUUCUUCGUCUCCUUCUUUUUCCUCGCCUUCUUCUUCGCUCUCUUCUUAUUUGCAAUCUUCUUUUUUGUGUUCUUUUUCUUCUUCUUUGUCUUCUUCGGCUUCUUCAUCUUCGCCUUUUUCCUCGUCUUCUUUGGCUUCUUCUUUUUUGCUCCCGCCUUCUUCUUUGCAUUCUCCUCCUCCUCCUCCUCCUCCUUAG